AUGGCGCCCUCUCGACUUCCGCCAAACGCCGCGGUCCUGUUCGCGCCAGUGGAAAUAGUUGAUUAUAGACUCUGGGUAAAGGUAACCAACAAAGCCAAGGUACUCGGCGUCACAGUCGUCCCCACUGCAUUCGAACAUGCAGAGUUCCAACAGUGGCGCGAACAGUGGCACGAACAGUUGCGUGAAGAAGAGCGUGCGCGCAUAUCGCCUCCAGAUCGCUGUCUCACCCCUGAUCUGUCUGGGCCAGAAGUAGAAGACGAGUUGGGCUUUGCGCUGGCGGAGAAGUGCAAGCAUGCAUUGCAUCCAGCACAAACGCAAGUUGCAUCCUUCAUUGAGGAGGGAGAGAUUAAAGAAAGCAUAAAGUGGUGCUCGACUUGCACGCUCCAACAUCACCAAACUCUCAUCAGCAACUUAUACACCAACUGGAAGAAGGUCGGCGGCCCGUGGCGCGACGGUCCCCUCGUCGAGGACGUGGACCGCUUCGCAUACCAAGACACGAACCGCGCGUACCAGACAGCGCGAGUCGCACUCGUCAACACUAUCCCCAAGUUCGAAGCCAUGGCCCGCGAAGAAGAGAACUGGAACCUCGCGCACCCAGAGCAAGACGUUGGUCUACCCAUGGCCUACAGUGCUACGCAGGCGCUCAAGAACUACCACAGGACCCUCACCUUCCCAGCCCGCCUGAGCGAAGUCCAAGCCCCGCAGACACCGACAAACAAGCGACUCAAGGAAAAGAAGUUGGAGUAUUCGCCCGACACACCCCAGGACACGCGUCAUCGCCCUUCGACACUCUGGGGUCGGUACUUGUCGUCUCACGACCCAGAUUCGCCGCAUGCAUGUGCCUCGCCCGAGGGCUACCAAGACACGUCAUACUACCACAACUGGCACUUCUGCGUGUCGCAGUGUCGAAUUCUGUUCUGUCACUACGUCGAUAAGGAGAGCUUGUUGCUACACUACCACGACCUCAACGCCGGUGCUGAUUCCGGGCUCGAGAAUCCGCAUGUCAAGCGGUUGAUUGAGUUGAUAGAGCGGCAUGUUUCGAACGAGACGCGUGAGAAAGAGAUGCAGUGGCGAAUCUUCUUGAAAGACACGAGCGAUAUCUUUCUCGUGUGGAAUUAUCCGACUAUGAUGGAUGUGGAGGAUGGGGUGUUCACGCACUUCGAGCAUGUCAAGUCUUUGGUGGGAAGUAGUGUGCAGGAUUAUGCGAGGCUGAAGGGGGAGAUUGAUGAUGAAGAGUGGGCGACGAGAAAGGAAGAUGAUGAGGGAGAAGAAAUGGAGUAUGAAGAGGUUGAGGAGCCAGGAGCUGAGGAAGGCGAGGAGGAAGGUGCAGGGGGCGAAGAGGUUGACUUUUAUGAUCAGAUGUCUGCGGCUUCCGACUCGGAUUCUGACAACGAGAUUGUUAAGAUGGAACUAGCAGAUCUGACGGAUAUGGAGGAAGAUGAUGAGCAGUGA